AUGCCCUCAAUGGAUUCAACUCCCUCUCUACCCCACCACUACACAGGCAUUCUUUCAAGGACGUUCAGCUCCAGCUCAACGAUCAGAUGGGUCCUCCCGGCUCGAAUUAGAUCCUCCACUAAGAACGACGUGGUCUUUGUUGGUGAGACGUUUGUCCAGCUUCGUGAAUUUCUGGACAGCGGUCAGUUGGCAGACGCAACCGCGAAACUAGACUUUGGCACUCAGAUCCUCGCCGCACAGGUCAUCUCAGCAAAGCUAGAGGUUGUGCCCAUCAUCGAUGCCAUUCUCAAGCAGGAGCGGGACCAGGAACAGUAUAGCAUACAUGGACGGCCGAUCGAAGACUCCCACCCGCCUCAACUUCUGGUCCUGAGCACAUCUAGCAAUGAGUUGAUCUAUGUUUACGCUAAAGAAGACUCAUCGGGUGAUGCAAGAUUCGUGUUUGCAAAGAAAUCCUUACUCCGUGGGAUGAAUCUCCCCAUGAGACAAUGUCGCCACAUGGCGGUCGAUCAUGACUCCCGCGCCCUGGCGAUAGCGUCGUCCAGCGGAUAUAUUGCCAUAUUCAAACUUCACACAGUGGCCGACAUCAAGUCUCAGGCAGACCACUGGGAUCCACAAAAGCAAUCUUCAUUCUUGCCCUGGACAGAGCAACGGUUCAUUCAGCUCGAUGGUACCAUCCUCAAAAUGGCGUUCCUUCGAAGCUCGGAUUCCGACGUCACAAAGGUCCUUCUGAUUCUGUUGGUGGAUUCAGGCGUGGAAACUAACCUGUUACUGUACAAGUGGGAUACCCGGUCAUCUCUUCAGACGAUCAGACCGAUGAGUUGCAGUGGUCGUCCAUUGAAGGAAGACCGUUUCCCGUUGAUGCUGAUUUCAUCAACUCGCCCGUACUCUUUCGUCGCCGUCAUGGAAACGGGUAUCAGCUACUAUGAGAACGUCCAUUCCAUGGAGUUCAAACGUAUCAACUGCCGCUUCACGAGCAAAACUGCCGGCCCACUCAAGUGGGUGCAGUGGGCCAAACCCAGACGACACAAUCAAUACUUGCAGAAACGCGACGACCUGGUCAUUGUACGAGAGGAUGGACUACUCCAAUACUUCCAGAUCGAGAAAUCCUCAAGUACGAAAUUCAACAUGAACAGUACGGUUGGCCAUUUGGGGAUUCAUGUCGACACGGCUUUUUGUAUGCUUGCUGGCCCACCCGGCAAAGGAGGCGAUAUCAUCAUUGCUGGUGGAGACAUGACCGAGGGAGGCGUAUUCCAUGUGUCUGCUCGAGGUGUCCCGGAGAAGACGCAGAGUAUCUUCAACCUCGCACCGGUCCACGACAUGAUCAUCGGCCCUCACGAAAGUGAUACCGUUGUCGCAGCACCGACUCGACUCGAAGGAUCUGAUCGGCUAUAUCUCUGUGGAGGCAAAAGCGAAGACCGCGCGCACAUAUCUGAGAUUCGCCAUGGCAUGGAAGCGCAACUGGGUUGGACGAUGCCUUUCCCCGACGCUUUCGACAUUCUGCGCAUCUGGACACUCGAGAUCUCCUGGAAAAAGAGCCUGUUGCUCCUCACGUCACACCCAACCACCACGAAUGGAGUCACGUUUGACCUGGAGACACAAGAACUCGAUAUGAUGGAUUCUGACAGUCUUCCCGGGUUUGAUCUCGACAACCCAACUCUCGUUGCAGCACCGAUCGACAAUAACUACAUUGUGCAGGUGACAACAAAAGGCAUCUACAUCAUGACUCAAGGUGUUGGUACUGAGAUCAAGAGUUGCGGACACAAGGCUCUCGAUUGUCUACAGGCUGACAUUUUUGAGCGAUACGAUGUCGUCGCCAUUGCCAGACAAGUUUCUGAGGGCUUCGAGGUUGGGCUGGUUUCAUUUGUAGCCACGGCGGAGCAAGCGUUGCGUAUCGAUCCAGCACCCCGUCCUGCCACGUUGCCGGAAUGGCCUAUUAGCGUUUGUUGCGUAGACGUGAACGGCACUCGAGUCGUCAUCCUAGGAACGACCAAUGCAAAGUUACUAGCAUAUUUAGUCAUGCCAGAUUUGACACUGGAGCUGGCAUUCGAACAGGAAGUCGGCGAAUUAUGUUCGAACAUCGAAAUUGCAUCCAUUGCAACUCUAGCGGCGCUCGGCCAUCCUGAUUCCCGCCUCACGAUGCUUCUGUGUGGACUUCGAAAUGGCAUUUUGAUGUGCUUGGAGAUCAGGACCGAUCGCAACGACAAGUUAAGUAUCCGAUGCGACGAUUUCUACCACCUAGGACAAACCACGGUGCAAAUCUCCAAAGAAGGGACGAGUAGCGACAAUAUCGCAACCCCAUCAGCACUCGUGCUUUGUGACUCUCGGUUAUAUCGGGUUACGCUGUAUCAGAAUAGUGCAGCAGUUGAUUAUGCGCUGAGUGCCUUGUGUCUGGCCAACUUAACGGCGCCUGGAGAACUGCUACCCGAAGUCAAUGCGGUUUAUCGCGUUUCCAAAUUGACGCCUCCAUUCGGGGAGCCCGGUGGCCUCAUUGUCUGUGCCACGAGAGAGGAGUUGUUCUUUGCAUCUCUAGUCGCUCAGGAGCAAACCAUUAUCACUCAGCUUCCCAUGAACGGCAUACCGCAACGAAUGCUCUAUUCGAAUUAUUUGAAAAAGCUGGUGGUCGCCACUGAGAGGACGAAAGGUGUUCCAAGGCUGCUACAACGGCCUUACCCGGACAUGGCAGAAAACCAGGCUCCAGAUCCUAAGGACCCUCCGACUGUCGAUCUCCCCCAAAUUGAAGAAUCGGUUCAAGUCAAUCUGCGCAUCAUCGACCCUGACUGGAAAGAAUCAGACGAUAGGACAUCGAUCUCCAUCGUCGAAGAGACCAAUUUGCACGUGACCGCGCUGAUCGAGUGGGAGUUGGAGCAGGACGAUCAGUCCAAGGAGAAGGCACUGUGGAUCGUGAUGGCCCUGGAGCGACAUGGCCGCAAUGCCGACCAAGCAAGUGGCCGUGUUAUCGCGGUCAAUGCAAAGAAUAUCAAGAAGGGUCACGCGGCCCCUCAUCAGCGGGUUUUGUAUCGAAGCGUCAAGGGCAGCGUCAAGGCCAUCUGUGCGUAUGGCAGAUCCUCACUGCUGAUUGCUGCCGGGAACGAGGUCAUUCUGCACAAUCUAGACCUGACGGUGAGAAAAUGGAAGACACUGUCAAAGUACGAGCUACCAUCUCCAGCCACUUCAAUCUCGUGUCAAGGAUCGACCAUCUUUGUCGCCACAUCUCACCACUCUCUGAUCGUCCUUGUCGAACGGAAUGCAGAAUUGGUGGAGCACAAGUCUGACAGUACAGCGAGAAACCUCAAGGCCGUUAUUACUUUUGGGGAAAGCUGUGCAAUGUUCUCGGCUUUUGACAACGAAGGCACUCACCUCAUGGCAUUCUCCGACUUCAACCAGGAAUCAAGCCCGCCGGCGCCCAUGUUCAGAGUGAACCUGCCGCUCGAUGUUGAUUGCAUUCGGCUCCGAAAGAGCUCGCGCCCCGAGCAACGAGAUCGGCACCAAUUCUACGGAAGCACAGUAGACGGCACGAUCUAUCAUUUCUCCACUCUCGCAUACGACGAGUGGAAACUACUGCAUUUCUUAGAAGAGUUGAGCCACAUGGACCGCGAGGUCAUCAAAGCCGUGCCGAUGCGCAAACGAAACAUCGAAAAUACAGGGGUGGUAUUCUCGUUCCCGACUACAAAGCUCUCCGACAUGCACGUCCGAGGGGAUCGCCUAGUCAUGAUGGUUGAGCCCGGUCCAUACAAUUUACGUCAACUUCUUCGCACUCCAGAGCAGCAUAGGGCUUUUGAGAAACUGGCAGAGGCGGUUGUUGGGGAGACCGAACAUCCCAUUGAGGCCGUGGUGAUUUGGGUGAGAAAGUUGUUUAGAUUCCGGCCUCAGUGGUAG